AAAAUUUUCUCAACGAGAGGAGGUACUGCAAAGUACUUAUUUAGUCACAAUCCGCGUGAGAGAGACAAGAGGAUACUUACUUGCUCCUGCCAGCAGAAAGCCAGGGAGAGCUUGGCAGGCACUUGGCCUGGAGUCUGAUGCACCUUACCCUCCUGGAAUCCACGGCUCCUACGACAAGACUCCUUUCUGUCACAUUACUAGACACACCAACAGCCACAGCCGAGAACGCCGACACUGAACAAGCCUGUCACGCACGCGCAGCCCGCCAUGUUGUCCAGAAGGAUAGCUGUUGUCUCCCGCAUGGUGUUGCUGCGUCCAACGCAGCAUCAGCCUCGCAGGAGCCCGCUAGUUGCGCUUCCCGCGAUGAUGCAGGCCGUCCGCGGUUACGCAGACAAGGUUGUCAAGGUGCCGCAGAUGGCCGAGUCAAUAUCGGAAGGAACAUUAAAACAAUUCUCCAAAGGAAUUGGCGAAUAUGUGGAACAAGACGAGGAGAUCGCUACAAUCGAAACUGACAAGAUCGACGUCGCAGUCAAUGCACCAGAGGCUGGAACCAUCAAGGAAUUUCUUGUCAGCGAGGAGGACACCGUUACGGUUGGGCAGGACCUGAUCCGUCUUGAGCUCGGUGGCUCGCCAAUCGCUGGAGGCUCGAAGCCAGAAUCGUCCACGCAGAGCGGCGGGAAAGAGGAGGCCCAAAAGGAUCCAUCGCGUGACGAGAAGAAAGCGGAAUCGGGCAAGCCCCAGGUGCCAGAAACAAAGCAAUCAGAACAGCCGCCGCCCAUCAAGUCCGAGGCAUCAAAACAAGCGACGAACGAGGCUCAACCCGCCCAACAUCCGGCCACCCCCAGCUCACCAGCCACCGCCGGUGGUCGCGAGGAGCGUCGGAUCAAGAUGAACCGGAUGCGCCUGCGCAUAGCUGAGCGCCUUAAGCAAUCCCAGAACACCGCCGCCUCGCUGACAACAUUCAAUGAGGUCGACAUGUCUAACAUCAUGGACUUCCGGAAACUGUACAAGGAUGAAGUGUUGAAGAAAACGGGGAUCAAGCUUGGGUUCAUGAGCGCCUUCUCCAAGGCCGCCGUCCUCGCCAUGAGGGAUAUACCCGCGGUCAACGCAUCCAUCGAGGGUCCCAACGGUGGCGACACUAUCGUGUACCGCGACUACGUCGACAUCAGCGUCGCGGUCGCCACCGAAAAGGGUCUUGUUACACCUGUGGUCCGCAAUGUGGAGUCGAUGGACAUGGUCGAGAUCGAGAAGGCCAUUGCCGACAUGGGAAAAAAGGCGCGCGACGGCAAGCUGACCAUCGAGGAUAUGGCAGGCGGCACAUUCACAAUCAGCAAUGGCGGUGUCUUCGGUUCUCUGAUGGGCACGCCGAUUAUCAAUCUCCCACAGAGCGCCGUUCUUGGACUCCACGCCAUUAAAGACCGCCCCAUUGCUAUUAAUGGCAAGAUUGAAAUCCGUCCUAUGAUGUACCUUGCAUUAACAUAUGACCACCGCCUACUAGAUGGCAGGGAAGCGGUGCAGUUCCUCGUUAAGAUUAAGGAGUAUAUCGAAGAUCCUCGUCGGAUGCUUUUAUAGAUGCUUUAGUAAUAUAGAGUAGAUAUUUUUAUUUAUUUAUAAGUAUUACUAUUUUAUAUUUCUUUAAUUUUAUAUAUCCUAAGACUUAUUAAGCUAGGC